AACAAGAAGGGGCGUCGUCCUCCGCCAAUUUUUUUUCGCAGUUCGGGAGAAACGAGGAGGUGGAGGACGUGCACGACUACAUGGGUCACGCGACGAAACGGAAACUGCUGCAAGGCGAGCGCGCCGCGACCCGAGCGGUCCAGGGAGAGCUGCUCCAAGACCUUCGGAACCGCGUUGGUAUAGAGGUGAUCGGCCACGCUACGGAGGUGCAGGCGAUCGACGUGAGCAGCAUGCUAGAAAAGCUUCGAGUGAAGACCACGUUGAGGAGUGGAGGUGGUGCAUCAGGUCCUCUACAAGAACGACAAGAACAACAACAAGAACAGCAUGCGAGAGUACUAGAUGAGGACCUUCACCUUUCGUCGAACUCUGAAGUAGAAGAUGACAUCAACGACGAGGAGGAGGACGACGACGACACUGAGAGCCUUGUGGGUUCAACAACGUCAACGAGCGAAGAUCGACCACACGUGGCACCGGGAACCGCGUACAAAGUGUCGCACGACUACGGACAGAAUGCGAACAAACAGAUGGUUUAUGGCUACGAACUGUGGCCCUGGUUGAGGGAUAAGCUGGACCCGAAAAAGUUCGACUCAGUCGGGGUCAACCGCGAAGAUUACAGUGUAGUGCGAAAGCCUGAAUGGUCGCGCGACGAAGUAGAUUCUUCGCCCGACUACAACUCCAGUGAGGAUGCUGAAGAAGUAGACUCUUCGUCCGACAACUCCGAAAAGGUAGAGGAUGCUAAUCUCGGGGCGGCCGAUGGUUGUUCUACUUCUAUUGCUGUGGAGAAGGUCCUCGCACGGGCAAGAAGAACAUCUCCGUCCUCUUCUUCAGCGGCGACGACAAAAGUCCUUGAGGAUGACGAGAACGGCGAGGUGGAGAGUCCGGGUCGCAACAACCAUGAUACAGAAGCAACUUCUAGAAGUAGAUCUGGAGUGACUACGUCUACGAGAGCCACCGGGAGCGGCGCGAUGUCCUCUACAGGCGUGGAAAAUUAUGCCCAACCAGAUGAAGGCGCAGUGGCAGUGGCAGAAGUGCAAGAUCAUGGUCCGGGGGCUGCGCGGCCAGGGGUGCAACAAGCUGCUACUCUAGUUGUGGAUGAAGAGGCCGUAUCAUCUGGAAAACAACAAGCAUCGUACUUGUAGUAGUUGCAGUCAACAUGCAUGACCACGACGAGCCGAGCUUUCUAGUACCUUAACUGGCAUGAUGCAAAGUUGCGUUUUUGUUCUUCCGACGAUCAUUUGUCAUCAACAUGCACAUUGUACUACUAUUCCGAUUCCGAUACUUUUGCAUGGCACAGGUCGCGCCAGAGCAGCUGCCAGAGGCUGCGCCGUCCAACGCGAUCCACGACGCGACCGACAAAACACUGCUGGAAGUCUCCAGAACCCAGCGACAUGCACAUGCUCUACAGCAGCAACACAAGCAUCAUCAUCAACCCGCUCAUCAUGAUGGAGGACAUGAAAAAUCAUCACCCCCUCUUGAGGUUGAUGGUCAUCAUGAUGAUGAUCAUCAUCCCCAUGACCAAAAACAUCCUAACUUCGAAGAUCUUCAGAAGCAUCAUCCUGAAAAGCACCCUUCAAACGAUCAUCAGACCUCCAAAGGAGACGACGACCACUCGGCUGAGAAAAAAAAUAUGAGCAGGGAGGACAAAAAACCAUCGCGCGCGGAAAGAUUGGCGCAAAAAGGAAAAGACCUGAUGAGAAACGUAAAGAACCGAAAAAAAACUAGUCCUGCUCGCUACCACCAAAUUCUGAAGAAGAUGAUGCAGGACAGACACAACGCAGCAGUGAAGCGUGAAAAGAAGGAAAAAGAGGAAGCGCGGGGUUGGAAACUUUGGCAAAAGGCGGAACUUCUUCGGCGGAAGGCCAAGGACGAGACGAAUCAAAAACAGCAUCCACAUGAUCACGAAGAGAAGCACAAGAAACAGAAACACGCGGCAAAAACCAACGACAAGCACGGCGAAGCAUGUGAGUGGCCCUCUGGCGUAGAUUAUGAUGGUGAUGAUGCGGCCCCGACCGCAGGGGAGCAGCUGAUGAAACGCGUGUCCACACCCGCCCGCUUCAACGACCGAGUCGGUCGGAGUCCCACACGGAUGCUGGACGAUGCCGAUCAUGAAAAAUCUUCUUCACGCCUGAAAAUCGAUGCGGAUCUGCGCCUCACCCUCAACGGGAAAAAGGUGAGGACUAUCGCGCACAAGCCUGAACACGACAAGCACCUGGAGGAACGAAAAAAAACUUGGGACAACGUGGGGAAACUGUUCGAGGUUUCCAAGAAACUGAUGAUCAUCUGGAUCGGGGAUACCCUCGUGUCGAGGUAUUUGUCCACCAUUUGGCAGUCGUGCAAGGAGGCGGUGUUGAGCUUUUUCCUCGACGUGUGCAUGGUGGUGGUUGACCAAAUUCGGACCAGCUUUCCGGCAAAGAUGUCAACCAUGCAGAAGCUGAUCGACCGCUACGUGGUCGGGCAGAUUGCCG